AAGGCGAUAGGUGGAAGGAGCAGUCCAGUGGAGAUUAUCGACAGAGUUGGAUACGAGAUCCCUGGCAAGACGAGAAGCCGAAGUCCACGCCGGGUCAAUGGGAGGAGGACCCGUGGGGUGCAUACGGCUCCAGCCUGUCCGCCUGGUGGCAACAAGACAACGGCAAGCGGGGGGACUUCAGCGACCCAGAGCCCUGGAUGGGCUGGCCAGACUACCGACUAUGGAAGCGGAAGAUACUCAGGUGGGAGAAGGCCACGGACGUUGUGCCCGGCAAGCGGGCAGACAGGGUACUCAAGAUGUUAGACACGGAGUUGCAGAGGAAGCUGGAGUGCAUCACCGACGCCCAGCUCGCCAGCUCGCUCGGUGUCCAGUGCGUCUUGAAGCAGCUGGACCUUCUCUCGGGGGAGCGCCACGACGACGAGCGUCGGCGGACCGCCAGGGAGUGCCUGUUCCAGUACCAGCGGAAGAACGCGGAGACACUGACCUCCUUCGCGUCCCGACUGGACCAUCAGUUCGACAGGAUCGCCGCUCAAGGGCUCGAGAUGCCUGACGAGUGGAAGGCCCUCUUCCUAGAAGAGGGCGCAGGGCGGGAUGACGCCAGCUCGCGACUCAUCAGAGUUCUGACCAAGGGCGACACGUCCUACUCGUCGACGCUGGCGGCUAUCAGGGAGCUGGACAUCAGCAAGAAGGAGACGAUGACCGGCACUCGUCGCAACCUGGUAGCCCACGUCGAAGGACACGACGCUCCGACGCCACCGACGUCAUUCCCGGUGGAUGUUCAGGAGGAUCUGCUUAGUGUGGAAGACGUCUCAUCGCUCGACACAGACGCGGAGUACGCGCUCCUGGACGUCAUCGAGCAGAAGGGCCUGGGCGAGGCGGACGUACCAAUCGUUCUGGCAACGACGCAGGCUGAUCGCAGGAAGACCUGGCGCCAGAACCGAGAGCUGAAGAGGAAACUCAAGACCGACAGGAGGUACUUCCAGCGCAGCGCUCCAGGUCAGAGUUCCGGAGACAAGCCCCGGAGAGCGGACGGCCACUACAGCGCUCGCGGCCAUCAGCGAGACCGCAAGACGAGGCUCCCUCUCUCCGAGAUUAUCAAGCGCUCGAAGUGCCGAAUCUGUCAGCAAAAGGGGCACUGGGGCGAUGAGUGCCCUAACAAGAGCAACACGGCCGCCAGUCAGAGGCAGGCGGGGGCCCAGCGACAGCAGGCGAGCCCUCCGGUCACUGGCUUCUGCUACCCCAAUGCCCAGGAGGAUGCCUUCCUCAUGGACGUGCCGAUGCCGCUGAGCACGAAGGAGACAGCGAUCGUGGCCGGUCGCAGCAUCGACACCUGUCUACAGCGAGACGUGAUCCUACAGGCGACAAAGGGCGGCAGUCCGGGCGGGCUGCGCGUCCCGCCAGGCGCCGCGGUUCUCGACGCGGCAGCUGGGCAGGGCCUGGUCGGCAAGAGGAACCUCGCGGAGCUCGAUGGCCACCUUCGGCAGAUGGGCUACGCGGUGGUGCAUGUCGCGGCUCGCCACGCCUCAGCAGGUGGUGUCGGUGGCAAGACGGACGUGCUGUCGACAGCAUUGAUUCCGAUGGGCAUCGAGGAGGCCCACGGAGUGCUCGAGGUUGAUGUGAUUGAGAAGGAUAUUCCUUUGCUGUUUCCAGUCUUCUUGCUCGCGACCUUGGGCGCAGUUGUAGAUUUGCCCAGGAAAGAGGUGUUCUUCUCGAAGCUGGGUCGGACCACGAAGGACCAGUUGACACUCGAUCAGUGGUUGUCCGCCCUGUCCGAGAGGGAUGCCUGCGUCAGGGACUCCGGGUCCAACAUGCACGGCAAGUGGUGGGCAUGCGAGAGGUGCGGGCAGCCGAUCGCAUACAGGGACCAGCAGCAGCUGAAAGCCCUGGGUCGUCUACCAAAGCGUGUCAGCCUGAUUCUCAACUUCACCAUCGCCGAGGUGAUCCCCGAUCCGAGGCCGCAAUCACAAUGGGAAAACAGUCCCUCUACGAAGGAUCGUCUGGUCAAGCCAAGCCCGGUGCACGGGGAGAAUCGGGUGGGCUACAGCCGCGCGGUCGCCGACCCGUCCAAGGAGGUGAGCGAGGAGACGCCCAUGGAGGAGGAGCAGCUUCCGCUGGCCCAGCCGCGCCUGGUGCGGCACGUGCAGGAGAGGUCGGCACGGCGCGCGGCGGAGGGCCCGGCUCAGCACAACCCGAGGGGGGAGAGGGAGAGCCUUUCCGCGCUGAUGAAGGAGCAGAUCGAGCAGAUCAACACGCUGAAGGCCCAGCAGCAGAACACCGACCAGAUGAUGAUGGAGAGUCGCCAGGCGAUGGAGCGCAUGACGAGUGUUCUGCAGCAGCAGGGGCAGGCCAUUCAGAACCUGGACAAGUCCAAGUGGGAGGUGAUCCAGGAGGAUCGGGGGCUCAAGAAGGCGUUGAGUUGGGAUCUUGAUACGGGCUGGAAUUUCAUGGAUCCAGGGGACCGUAGAAAAGCUUUAUCGCAGAUCGAGGAAGUUGAGCCCUGGUUCGUGGCCCUCGAGCCACCGUGCAAUGCCUUUAGUCAGAUUCUCGCCAUAGCUACCAAGGUCUCCUUCCCCAUCGAGGACACCGCAGACGGGGGCUAUCCGAUGGGAACGGGCAGAGAGGGAGGGGGGGACGAUGUCGAAGAUACUGAGACGGCUGACGCCGAUGUUGCGGAUCCCGCCGACAAGCCCCUGGAAAUCACGGCUCGGAUCAAGGAGAUGAUCGAGCGAGUCCAUGUGAACCUCGGGCACCCCAGGAAUGAAGUUUUUACCCAGGUUUUGCGAGCGGCCCAGGCGAGGCCAGAGGUUCUUCAGUGGGUCCGGGACCACUUCAGGUGCGACGCUUGUGAUUCCCAGAAGAGAACUGCCGAGCACUGGCGAGUCGCCAUUCCGAGGACGUUCCAGUUCAAUAGGAUUGUGGCCGUGGACUCUUUCUUCGUCCCGUUUCUCUCCGAGGACCUGAUGCUGCGAGGUAUCGAGCAGAGCGUUGUGGCCACCCAUGAAGAUCUCGAUCUUCUGAUGCACAGUAUCGUGAGUUCGAAGAACAGGAGACGCGUCAGCAGCAAGUUCGGCACCGACGCGUGCAACAGGUACCAGACCAAGUGCGCCCCCGCGGGUCCCGGGACCGUUCCAGGGGCGAGAACGUGUUUCACCGUCCGAGGCCGCGAGUACGGACUCGGGGAUCCCAGGGCCUCCGUCAGGUGGCAGAAGCCGUUCGUUGGAAUCAGAGACUGGAUCUUGCUACGCGAGGACGGUUGGAGUGGAGACUGGCGCACAUUCUCUAACGGGAAUGCCGACGUGAUGGUGGGCCCCAGCUCACGUUCCGUCUCUCUUUCUUUGCUGGUGGGGAAGGGGCAGGAGGUUAGGUGGAAGGAUCUCGACGCUCAGGGCAGGAGAGCCUUCGAGGCCGCAGAUGCCAGUGAGUGGAAAGCCAUGUUGGAGACUAAAGCUGUCAUUGUGCAUCCCCCGGAUAUUG